CCUCCAUUUUUUGUUUUAGUUGUUGAAAUUCCCACGGAGCUCUGGUCCCAAGAACGUGUGUAUAACGAGAUACGAUUUACUCUGAAGAGAAACUUUUUUGAAGAAAUUAAAUUAAUUUUUACAGAUGAGUGCAAUUCAACUGUGUAAAAUUUUAACCAGACUUGGUAAUUAAUGGACAUUGAUUUUGGUAACCGUAUAUUACGGCGGAUACAGACGGAUAUCCGCAGGCAUUUUUAACUUAUCUGUAUCCGAAUCCAUUACCAAGCUUGAUUUCAACAAUUUUUCAUCUUUUUUUUAUAAAAAAAAUUUUUUCUUCGUUAUUGAUUGAUUUUUUAGUAUAAAAAUGAAUAAUUAAUUGGAAUUUUUAAAAAUUGUUUGUAUAAACCCUCGAAUAUUUUUAAAAUUUAUUUUUUUUGUCAACAUUUUUUUUUCUCUUGUGUUUAAUAUGAAAUAAAAAAUUUCGCUGUAGUUUUUAAAAAUGAAACAAAUUAAAAAUUGUUUUUAAAUAAAUGGGAGAGUUUGAAAAUUUGGAAGGUUUGUGUUGGGAAAAUUUUUUUGACCAAGUCGAUAAACAAUUUAAUGGUGAGGAAGAAGGGGAGAGUAAAUGGAAUGGUGGAGGUUCGAAUGAAAUUGUUGCCUUUUCUGGCGUAGCAACGUUGCCACACGAUAAGGCUGUAUGUUAUGGAGUUUGUACUGUUUCUCAAGUUCCGAAGCUGGUGAAAUGCGAGGACUGCUCUUUGGUUGUCAAAAUGGUCGGGUUCGGACACCACCGGAAAUUUCGACACAGAGAAAGUCGUUUAUUGUUGGCACGGCAAUCAGUAAAAGACGCAGAAGAUUCCUCAAAUUCUGAUUCAAAUGAUGACUGUCAAGGCUUCCUUCUGUCACCUCCUCAUCAUCAUUUGUCUGUCCCCUCGACUUCUGAAGCUUCUUCAAUUUUUGAAGGUCAUCAAUGGAGGACAACACAUCCGUUAGAUCCUAGCUCAAAAGCUUCUAGUUCGUCUUUAAAGCAAACAGGACCAAACAAGCAACAACAACAACCUUCAAAAACAAACGAACCUCCUCGAUUGUAUGGGGUUGAAAAAUGGAAUGAUCUCCGUCUUGUUUUGAAGAGAACUCCAGAAAAAGCAGCUUCACAAAACGCAGAGGCAAAUCACCAGCAUAAUUCAAUUAAAAAUGUUGUUGAACAAGAAAAUGUCGAAGAUGUUUCUACCAAAAAAUUGCGAAAACCUCCACCAUCUAGAGCUAUUGGAUCAAAAAGGAAACGGAAGAAAAAGACGAAUAAACGAACAAAAGAAUCGGAGGACGAUGAGGAAGUGGUUAAUGUUGAAGAUGAAUCUCCCCAAUCUGCAGGAAAAGUUUAUCAAGUUAGUUUUUUCAAAAGUAAUUUGAGGUAA